AUGAGGAAACAGUCACUGUCCUCCGGGGAUCAGGGAAAAGGGGUUGGCAUAUGUGCGCAAGAAGAGCUGUCUGGAAGAUGUCAGCGACCAGGUGGCUCAAAGACAAACUCUUCCUGGCCCAGGCUCCUGCCUAGACACAGCACCAUGCAUCUCCUUGGUCCCUCGCUCCUGCUUCUCGAAUACUUGGCUUUCUCUGACUCAACCUGGAAGUUUAAGCAUCCUGAGACCCUCUAUGCCUGGGAUGGAGCCUGCGUCUGGAUCCCUUGCACAUACAAUUGGCUCAAAGGUGGUGGACACACGCUAGAUAACCUGACUGUGUACCACAAUUUUACGUAUGACAAGGAGGCCAAGCACUACAAGGGGACCAUCCUCUAUAAUAAGAACCUGAAAGCCAAGGAGCCUACCCCCAGUCAGGAAAGGGUACGGUUCCUGGGAAACAGCAGAAACAACUGUACCCUCCUCAUCAAUCCUGUCAAGGUCAAUGACAGCGGCCUUCUGGGGCUGAGGGUGACAGCGGGGCUUGAGAAAUGGAUGGAGUCUCUAGCCCUCAAUAUCUCUGAGAGGGCUCCUCAACCCCACAUAGAGCUCCGUCAGGAAAUCUACGAGGACCAGGAAGUCACUGUCACCUGCUCGCUGAAUUUCGCCUGCCGUGAUUACCAGAUCCAUUUGCAGUGGUCCCUGGAGGGGUCUGUGACCACCUAUACCAACCUCUCCCCUGAUAUGGUCACCACCCAGAGCCGCCUCAGUUUCCAGCCCAAGUGGACUCAUGAUGGCAAGAACCUGACCUGCCAGCUCUGGGACCCCAUGAAACAGCGGGUACUCUCGGAGAAAACGGUGUUGCUGGAAGUGAAGCACGCACCAAAGUUGGAGAUCCAGGUCAGCCCCGAGGAAGCCACCGUCACAGAGGGAGAGUCUGUGACCAUGAGGUGCCAGGUCACCAGCAACCCGCCGCACUGGAGUGUGUCCUGGUUCAAGGACGGGACUCAGCUGGAGGAGCAGGGGACAACACUCACUCUGCCCGAAGUGACCAGGACGAUGAGCGGGCAGUACACGUGCCAGGCCUCCAAUGAUGUGGGCCCAAGACAGUCAGAUGCGGUGGAUCUCCAGGUGCACUAUGCUCCAGAACCUUCCAGGGUUCAGCUCUCCCCCUCGUCCAUUAAAGAAGGAGUUACGGUAGAGCUGGCUUGUAUGUCAGCAGCCAAUCCUCCUCCAGUGAAUUACACCUGGUAUUUCAAUAAGCAAGAAAUGCCUGGAAAGAACGGCAGGACCUUCCAGAUCCCUCAAGUCCUCGUCAAGCAUGCUGGGAAGUACUCCUGCUUGGCAGAAAAUAGUCUUGGGCCUGGAUCUGUUGACCAGGAAGCUGACUUGGACGUCCAGUAUCCCCCCAAGGGGGUCACCACGGUGAUUCAAAACCCCACACCAAUUCGAGAAGGAGACAGUGUGACCCUGUCCUGCACCUUCAAUUCCAGUAACCCCAGAGUUACUCGAUAUAACUGGAACAGUCCAGGCUCCCAGGACCAGACAUCACAGAAGCUGACGAUUCGAAAAGUCGCCUGGGACGCACAGCCAGUCAAAUGCGAAGCCUGUAACCAGUGGUGUUCGUGGUCUCCCUCCGUCAACCUGAACGUCCUCUAUGCCCCCAAGGACGUCAGCAUCCAGAUCAGCCCUCAUACAGAGAUUCGAUCUGGGAAGCGGAUCCUCCUCCAGUGUGAGUUCUCAAGUAGCCGUCCCGCGGACGUCCACGUCUUCUGGAAGAAAGAUGGAAGCCUUCUUCUGAAGGCAGGGAAGACACUUACCUUUGACCCCAUCUCUCCAGAAGAUUCGGCAACCUACCACUGCUUGGUCAACAACUCCAUAGGACAGACCUCAUCUGAGGCCCUUGAGCUCCGAGUGAUGUAUGCUCCCAGAAGGCUGCGUGUGUCCAUCAGCCCGAAAGACGGCGUGGUGGAGGGGAAGACGGCAGUCCUGACCUGCGAGAGCGACGCCAACCCUCCCACCUCCCACUACAACUGGUUUGAUGGGAAUAACCAAGACCUCCACCAUUACGGCCAGAUGCUGAGGCUGGAGCCGGUGAAGCUGCAGCACGCAGGCAGCUACUGGUGCCGGGGGACCAACCGUCUGGGCCAGAGCCAGUCGCCCCCGACCACCCUCACUGUCUACUACAGUGCUGCCACCAUCAGCCGGCGUGCGGCCUUGGGAGUGGGGUUCUGCCUGGCCAUCUUCCUUCUGGCCAUCUGGGGAGUCAAGCUUCAGCGGAAUUGGAAGAGGAUUCAGAGACAGCAGGGCCUUCAGGAAAGUUCCGGUGGACAGAGCUUCUUUGUGAGGAAUAUAAAGGCUAGAAGGACCCCCCAAGCUGAACGCCCCCACUCCCUGGGGUGCUACAACCCGGUGAUGGAAGAUACAGUCAGCUAUGCUACCUUGAGCUUUCCUCUUGGCGAGACUGACACGCAGAGACUUAGAGACGCAGGGAGCUCAGAGAUGCGGGAAAUUCCCCCAAGCAGGGACGACAGGGUCACCUAUGCUGUGGUGCAGAACAGUCAAGUGGCCGACUAUGAGAACGUGACUCCGGAGGUCCUAGACGAUGAGGGCAUUCAUUACUCGGAGCUGGUCCAUUUUGGGAAUGGGAAGCGGGCCCUGGCCCAGGAAGGAGUGGAAUACGUGACCCUCAAGCACUGA